AUGUCUCAAACGGUCAACUAUAAAAUUAUUCUGCUCGGAUCGGGGUCAGUGGGGAAGUCCGCGAUCGCUGCCCAGUAUGUGAAAAACAUGUUCCUCAAAAAAUACGAACCGACAAUCGAGGACAUAUCAAACAAAACAAUUGAAGUUGAUGGUAUAAUGGUUCACCUCGAAAUUUUCGACACAGCAGGCGCGGAUCAAUUUUUAACAAUGCAAGAUUUGUAUAUCAAAGAGGGUGAUGGGUUUAUAUUAGUGUUCAGUUGGGCAUCUGUUGGGACUUUCCAAGAGUUAGAAAAGAUUCUUCAGCAUGUGAUUGACGUGAAGGAGUCGAUGAAACAAACCGACAUCCCAAUAGUCAUUGCAGGUAACAAGUGCGACUUAGAAGAAGACCAAAAAACAGUGACGAUGGUCGACGCUCAAGAUUUCGCAACUAACAAAAAGUGUAUGUUUAUGGAGACGUCCGCAAAAACAACCAAAAACAUCAGCGAGAUGUUCGAACUUCUCGCAAAAAAACUCCUUGAAAAAAGAAAGCCCAUGAAAAAGUCUCAUCACUGCACCUUGCUGUAA